UUCCCCCACCGUGUACCCGGUUUCCGCAUAAGCGUGUACCUCCUCACUCUAACCGGACAGCUGAAAUCAUUUCUCUGCGAGCUAGUAUGUCGUAGUCAAUACAGUUCGUCGGUGGUUUAUGAAGUCGAAGGAUAUCCGAAGUUCUGAAGAAAAUUUGAAAAAUUUAAUUUUUCUAUUUGGUUUUACCGUCGACUGCGGAGGCUGCGUCGCGCGUUGCGAUAAUCUGUGUGAUGUGACGAUUGAAACGGAUUUCAGUAAAAUACAAAUUUUUGAAUUGCAAUUUUUCAAAGUUAAUUUCAAGUUGAAAAAUCGAUUUUUCGAAAACCAACAACAAAAAAGGAAUACAAUGACAUAAUUAUAUUUUUGUUUUUGAAAAAGUUCGAAAGAAAUUUCGAAAAGGUUUGAUUGACAUCGGAUUUUUUGUCAAGUGUCAGAAAGGACAGAGGAAAACAUAGUACGUGGGAUUAUUUUUUUUCAAAAAUGUAUACCGCCACCUGGAUUCUUAUUUUGUGGAGUUUGGUUGACGUCAAUUUGGCUGAUAUCCAAAAUGCGGAUACGUUAUUGGAUAUCGAUACUGGAAUAUCGGAAGAGUCUCAAACUGGAGUCUAUAACAGUCAUCACACCAGAAGUAUUCCAAAAAUAAGAACUUCCGCUUCCGUUAAUUGGACAACUCUACCGGAAAUGUUGGACGUGUACAAUUCACGAAAUCUAAUAGAAAAUUGGGUUCGCGGAAAGUAUCCAGUGGAUUUGCAAUGUGACAACGAUAUGACGCGAUACGUCGAAGCUCUAAAAAAUCAAGAGAUUUGGGCACUCAAAGUCGAUGACGCUUCGGGACGAUUCACAAAUGGCUUUUUAUGGGGCAAUUCUUAUUUCACUGGAUCUGCGACAGAAUGCGCUUAUAUCAGUCGUGACUAUUCGAAGAAGAAUGAAAAGUACGUACCCACGUUUACAGAGGCUCGCCAAUUUACAAGUGAACCAAAGAAAAAGGCAAACACUGGAUUAAGUGGUGCGAGUCUACUGCCACCUAGCGUUUCGGAUCGGCCGCCAUUCGAACUUGGAUUUUAUAUGAUGAAAAUCAAGAUCAAUGGCACAAUAGCUCCUGUCACAAGGACUAUCCACCUGGGAGUGUGUCUGCCAUUCUCUUGCACUGCGUCGGACGUCCAUGUAAUUGGCAGAGUGGCAUCGAGCGAAAGCGCAUCGCGACAUUCGUCAAUAGAGAGUGUACGCGAUCAGCACAAUCUAUAUGACAUGUUUAGCGAUCCAAUAUUCUGGAUUUUAUUUGGCGUAAGUUCUGUGGUACUGAUCUUAAUGAUAGGAGGUACCGGAUACGAUGUAUAUUUAUCAAGAAAAUUAGCUGAGAAAUGGAGAAACUAUGAUUUGGAGAAGUCAGCUAAAUUAGCGCAAGAAUUAGCUAAUGGGAAUGGCAAGUCUUUGACUGCUUUUCAAGGUAAGGUCUACCUUCCUGUUCCAGUAUCAGAUCCAGUUGUGAACGCAUCCAAUAGAGUGAACAACAAUAACAAUCACGAGGAUAGUUUACCAACGCCAACUCCAGAGUUGAAAAAAUUGAGUAUUCCAGAGGAAUUGUUAUUAUCGUUUUCGAUUCGCGCCAACAUGAAAACAAUUUGUGACAAUUCCGUCGGCAAUGAUACCAUAAGCACUGUACACGGGUUAAGAGCCAUAUCUAUGGCGUGGGUAAUUCUAGGACAUACUUGCAUAGUGGUUUUCAAGUAUUCAGAUAACAUGGAGUACCGUAAGGUUGUCGAGAAGAGAUUUCUGUUCCAAACCGUGACCAAUGGAGCUUUCAGCGUCGACACGUUCUUCUUCAUGGGUGGACUUCUCGUCAGCUUUCUCUAUUUUCGAACAAACGCCAAGGGCGACCUCAAUAAGCUGACUCAAGGUACUAAAGGAUUCGUGGCGGGAAGUUUGAAAUUCGUUGGCUUCCUGGCGUACAGAUUCUGCCGACUCACUGCGCCCUAUAUGUUUGUACUGGGUGUCGUGGAAGUAUCGAUGAAAUGGUUUCACGCUAAUUCAGUUUUCGAACCUCCAACUGCUGAUCAUUACAACUGCCCAAAUUAUUGGUGGCGAAAUUUACUCUACAUCAAUACGUUAUUCCCCGUGGAUCAAAUGUGCAUGCUAUGGAGUUGGUACGUUGCUGACGAUACCCAGUUUUACAUAGUUGGAGCCAUAAUGCUAAUAGUGGCUACCAGCCAUUUCAAAAUAGCUGCUUUCUCUCUGGUGACACUAUUAAUUAGCUCCUGGUUAACUACUGGUUAUAUAGCGUUGGUUAAUAACCAUAUGCCAAGUUCGGAUGACCCUCUGGCACUAUUUGAUAAGAUAUACGACAAACCAUGGACGAGACUUGGUCCAUAUUUAAUAGGAAUGUCUGUAGGAUAUCUACUAUACAGAACAAAUUGUAAAAUUAAGAUGACGAAGGCUGCUGUCACUGUCGGUUGGAUUUUAUCCAUAGCAUGUUUAUUAAGCUUACUUUAUGGAUUGUACGAAGCCGAAUUGAGUCCUGCAGUCGCAGCUGCUUAUUCGUCCUUGAGCCACAGUGCAUGGGCAUUAGGCUUAUCAUGGAUAGUGAUAGCAUGUAGCACUGGAUACGGAGGAUACGUUAAUGACAUAUUAUCAGCACCUAUUUUAUAUCCCUUCAGUAGAGUCACUUAUUGUGCCUAUCUCGUGCAUCCAAUAGUAAUCCGAUUGACUGCCAUGAAUUUGGAUUCACCAUUUCAUUUGGGAAAAGAUACCAUGAUGAUCACGUUCCUUGGUCAAGUAGUACUUUCUUAUGUCCUAUCGUUCGUCAUAUCAGUAUCCUUCGAAGCACCAGUAGUGAGCAUGCUGAAGAUUCUUGCGCCAAGGAGAAGGAAGAGGUUCCAAUAAUAAUAAUACGCGACAACGUAAAAUCCUUCGAUCAGUUGACGAGUACCCAACGUGUUUAAUAAACAAUUAUUUAUAUAAAAAAAAAAA